GGGCCGCGGCUACAGCAAAAGCCACCGCAAGCAGAAGCCCGCAUCAACUUGCUCCCCAAGAAGAAGCGAGCGGAAGAGCUCCUCGCGGCGAUGGCGAAGCGUCUGAUCCCCUCGCUGAACCGGGUGCUGGUGGAGAAGCUGCUGCAGCCCAAGAAGAGCGCCGGCGGCAUCCUCCUCCCGGAGACCACCAAGCAGCUGAAUGCUGCUAAAGUCAUAGCUGUUGGUCCUGGUGAUCGUGAUAGGGAUGGCAAGCUGAUCCCUGUAUCCCUGAAUGAAGGUGACACUGUUCUACUUCCUGAGUAUGGUGGAACAGAAGUGAAGCUCGCUGAGAAGGAGUACCUUCUUUUCAGAGAGCACGACAUACUGGGAAAGCUUUUGGAGUAACUUCGGGCUGCAAUGAUCCCAAGGCUGCAGUUGUUUGCAAGUAGAGAUGCAGGAGUGUAGCAAGAGACUUCUCUCUUUUUUGUGUGAAUGGGAAAAACAAAACCCAACCAUGAGAAUUCGAUGACAUUGCCUCAUCCUGAAAUAUCUUUUGAAAUGAUAUAAUGGCUCAUUUGACGCUCGAAUGGUUGCCAUCGUGUUAUCAUUA